CAGUGAGCAGAGUUAAAACAGUUCGACUGGUCACCUUCUAACAUGGCUGCAGUGGGGGUAAAUGGCAACUCUACUCCAGUGAGAAUUUCGACAACUAUAUGAAAGCCAUCGGCGUAAGUCCUGAAAUGGUGGAGAAAGGGAAGACUGCGCUGGGUGAGGCAGCCAAGCUAACGGUAGAGUUCACACAGAAUGGGGAUGACUGGACCAUCACCACUACGACACCCCUGGGGUGAAGAAGGUCGCCUUCAAACUGGGACAGGAGUUCGAGACAACCACACUGGACGGCAGACCUGUCAAGGUGGUAAUGCAGGAAGAGGGCGGAGACCUGGUGGAAGUGCAAACUGGGGACGGAUUUCAGUCACGGAAUACGAGGGUUGGGAGAGGCGACGAAAUGGUUGCAACGAUGUGCGGAGGAGGUGUCACGGCAACCAGGAAGUACAAGCGAGUCUAACCCUGUGUUUUGCCGUAGGAGUAGUCUCCCUUCACUUAUCUGCAACAGCCAAUAUCUUGACCAAACAUAUUUACUUUGCUUGACAGAGGGCGUUGUUCUACAAGUAAUCACACUACGACAGAAUUACUCUAACUAUACCAGGGCCAAGCAUUUAUACAGACAUGUAUAUGUCACAGUAGACGCAAUGAUCUUGGAGCUAAAUAAUGAAUUUGAAGGGCAUGACUUAGCGCGAAUCAACUUCAAAAACUGUUAGUUAACACCAUUU